ACGGAAAUAAAUCAUAUUCAGUUUUAAGCUAGAUUUUAAAAAAUCAACAUCAUGAUGGAAGUUUUUCUAUUUUUUAUCGCAUUAUUUACAAACAUUGACAAAAUCUUAGGCAAUAAUGUGAUUGACGUUGACGAUAUUUUAUCGGAGGAUUUUAUGCCGGGGACACUUCUCAUGCUUGAGAAUCCUAAAGGUGCAGUGAAAAAUUUGAAUGACAGUAUUUUGGAGUUUAGUGAUAAGAAUGGUGAUGGGUCUUUUGGGAAUGCGAUGGAAACAAUGGGUUAUCACAGAUCAAUGAUGAAUGAAUAUUUGUGUCGAAAUUACGUCGCCGAGGAAAUUAUCAGUGACAUGACUUUAUCAAGAAUUAAAAGACGAAUGGGGUCGCAAGCCCCAAAUUCACAAAAACGGGAAAAAGGACAAAAUGUUAAAAAUCAAAUGUUACAAGACGAAGGAUCCUCUAAUUACAAGGAUUGGCUUUCCAAGAGUACUACUCUCGAAGAUAUAUACCGUCAUUAUGACAAUAAGGGCAACCGAAUUGAUAAAGACGAUGACGAUAAAGAUGACGAAAAUAAUGACGAUUAUGACGCUCAAGUUGUUGGUUACAAUUAUCAACAACAAGGUGGAGGCGGUGGUUAUCCAUACUCUCAUGGAGGUUCAAAUGGUGGGGGCGGCGGAUAUUCUUACGGAGGUGGAGGUGGAGGCGGUGGUUAUGGCGGUGGCGGAAUUACAUCCCAUGGAGGAGGAGGGUAUGGUGGUCAUGGUAUGCCAGAACCUGAACAUAUUAUCCCUGAGCAACCAAAGUAUCAAAUCUACCACGAAGAAAGCCACAGCAGUUCUAAAGAUCAUGAUUUGUCCGAUUUAUUCGAAAUUGCAUUGACUGCUCUAGCUUAUUUGUCAUUUGGACUGUUUAUAAUUCAUGUAAUAAUGUGUAUUUCUAUGGCUACUAAUAGUACUUCAACAGCGACUGGAAUGAUGAUGCCGAUGAGUAUGACUCCAACUUCGACUGGUAUGAAUGGUGGUGGUGGUACAAGCACGGGAGGGGGUGGUACUGGCACAGGCAUGGGUGGGGGAAGUACCGGGACAGGCACAGGUGGAGGAGAAACCCCAACAGGCACCGGAAAUGGGGGGGAAACUCCAACUGGCACGGGAGGUGGUACCGGCACUGGAAAUGGCGGGGAGACUCCAACUGACACGGGAGGUGGUACCGGCACUGGAAAUGGCGGGGAGACUCCAACAGGCACGGGAGGCGGUACCGGUGGUGACGGUGGAACAGGCGAAGGAGAUGGAAACGGAGGAUCUACAGGAGAUGGUUCCACAGGUACUGGAACUGGAACUGGAACUGGUACUGGAACUGGAACUGGUACUGGUACUGGUACUGGCACCGGAACGGGAGGAACUGGCACUGGAACUGGUGGUACUGCUACUGGGAGGGAUACCAUUAAGUUUCAGUACAAGCGAGACAUUCCGAUUAUUACGAAUCCGAAUAAUCAAGCUCUAAACGAGUUAGCUAGAAGGAUUUUGACAUCAAUAGAAGCUGCUUUUCUGGCCAAUGAAGAUGAUGGGAAUUGUUUGAGAUUAACUUUGUGUGAAAAUAAUAAGUAUUCUAGGACUAUUGAAGGAAAUAAUAAAAUUUUGAUACCAGUGUGGAGCUUGGGCAUGAGUUGGAUUUCCGGUCGUCUUACCAAAAAUAUAAAUCCGGCGACAUCAAUGCUUGAUAGUUUGAAAGCUUCGAUUCUUGGUUUGGGUAAAGCAAACUGUGAGAUAAUUUACCAUAAUUGUGAUUUACGGCAACAGAAGCGGGAGCGUCGCAAAAGAAAGAAGAGAAAUUCUGGCAAUAAAAAGCAGAAAUAA